UUCACUAUUAUACCGUUAACUUACCAUUGUUCUCUGAAUGAAUUUUUUAUUCUUCGAAUUAUUUCAUUGCAGUAUGAUUCAGUAAUUUCAAAUGACUAAACAGUAACUUAAUACAUGGGACUGUAAACGAUCGCAAAUCAGUGUAUGCUCUUUUAUUUAUUUAUUCAUACUACCAAAUGCAAUUUUAUGAAUUUGGGUCAAAAAAUGACGAAAAGAAAUCAGCCUAAAUUCAAUAGAUAUUUUGCAAAUAUUUCUCGAGAAUGUUUUCAAGAAAAUCGUGUCACUCCAGAAAGAGUGUUGGGCGUCUAUUCUUUAAAUUACAACGAUCGAGAAGCAAAAUGUUAUGUAGCUUGCAUGUUGCACCGUUUUAAUGUGACCAACCGAAAUGGUAGUUAUAACGAGAAAGAAUUAGAAUUGUUAAUGGUUAAACCUAAUUCUAAAGAAACACCGAUUAAUAUGAAAAGAGCCAUAGAAAUUUGCGAGAAGGAAGAUGACAAAGAUCGUUGCGAAAGAGCGGUUAAAUUUACGAAGUGUAUUUACGCCCAUAAGAACGAAUUCAGUUACAGCAAUAAUACUUCUACAGCAAAUCGGUACCGGCCAACAGUGCCAUUCGGUUUCGGAGGACGUCGCACACCCUCGCCAAGGGCAUAGACCAUUGUGUUGAAUAUAAUUUAAUAAACACUUACAAUUUAUCAUUGUUUGUGACAAUAUUAUAAAGUUUAUCAAUGCGGUGUA